AUGUCCAACAAAGAAGAGUCUGAGGGAGAAGCAGACCUCGCGACACUGAGGAGAAGGCGAGGACAAGCCAAAGCAGCCAUAACUAAAAUGAUUACAGCUGCAAAUAUAAAGAUAAGAGAAAAUGAGCCUGAAGAGUUGAAGGCAGUACUGGAGAGCCUUGACCUAGCUGUCACUCGACUCCAGGAAACACACAGACUUUAUCAUGAUAGGCUCACUGAGGAUAUUGACAAAGAAGAGUCGGAAGCCUAUGAGAAGGUCAUCUUGAUGAGUGUUCAUGAUGUGCGCCACGAUGCUUUAGCCUGGCUGCAAGAAGUUUACACUCCUGGUGAAGUUGAUGAUCAGCUAAUUGCUGGUGAAUUGGACAUCAUAAAUCAAACUCCUCCAGAUGACACGGAUGAUGACAACCCCAUGUCAGCUGAGCUAGAAAACCUACGUGCCUUACGAAAGAAAGAACAAGAAAACUUUGAGCUAUUGCUUCGGCGCAACAAAGAGGAGUUUGAACUGGAACUCCAGCGAAUGCAUCACAAGGCCGAGCUAGAUGCACAGAUAUUACACAAUCAACAAAAGAUACAAGCUGUAACAACAGAUCUAUAUUCUACACCUAAGGCUGGCAAGAGCCCAUCAACAACACGACCAUCACUGUCACCAAUAUCAGAAGAUUCAAUCUCACACCUGCUUGAAUUAUCAAGGCAGCAGUAUCAAGCCCAAGUGGACUCCCUGAGGCUCCCACCAACUAACAUGAUAAAGUUCAAUGGUGACCCCCUUCAGUACUGGAAGUUCAUGAGGCUUUUCACCACAAUGGUGGACAAAGAGUCUGUUGCUGCAGAAGAGAAGUUAACUCGUCUACACCAGUACACUGAAGGAAAAGCUCAAGAUGCUGUUAGUCACUGCUUAUACAAUCCCGAUCCCAGUGCAGGCUUCAAGGAAGCACUCGAGCGACUAAAAACAAGAUUUGGAAAUCCUCAUACCAUCUCCCAGGCUUGGGUUGAGAAGGUUUUGAACUUUAAAGAGAUAAGAGACAAUAAAACAACUCAACAAACACAAUCUACCCAAUCACCUAACGUCACUUGUGGAUUUGCUGGUGCUGGAAAUGGUAAAGUUUGCUUACCUAUUGUUCCUGUGGUUGUUAGAGGCAAAGCUAGCAACAUCAGUUCUGUCACAUAUGCAUUGCUUGACCCUGGAGCCAACACAAGUUUAGUGUCAGAAGAACUUACAAAGAAACUCAAGGUCAAAGGCAAACCUGCAAGGCUGGAUCUUGACACAGUAGGAGGCAGCCAAGAAGGCAUAUUUACUCGAUGUGUGAAUCUUGAGAUAGACUCUCUACAUGAUGGCAACAUGUAUACACUCAAUGGUGUGAGAACCCUAAGAAAGUUAAACAUAGGUCUCAGCUGCCUUGCCACACCUGAUGAGGUUGCCAGAUGGGAUCACUUAGCAGGCAUUCCUAUUCCCAGUGUUAACUCUGAUGAUGUGCACCUCGUCAUUGGACAGGAUGCCCCACGCCUUCUCAGAGCUGAAGAAUAUCGUGUAGGUGGAGAUAAUGAUCCAUAUGCUACAAGGACAGUGCUUGGUUGGGCCAUAAAUGGACCAAUUGAUUACAAAGAAGGCGGAAAGAAUGUCAAGGCCUAUUUCCUCAAGUCAGAUCACAGUCUGCAAAUGCAGGUGGAGAGGUUUUGGAAGCUUGAUGACCCCACCCAAAAGGACAGCCUAUCAAUCAACGACCAGAAGGUGAUUAAGCAGUGGGAGAAUUCAGUCUCUAAAGAUGGCUCACACUACAUCUUAGACAUACCUUUUAAGAACGAAGCUGUGGCGCUACCAAACAAUGUCAACUUAGCAGCACACAGACUGCAACUCCUGGAACGUAGACUGACAAAAAAUGCAGACUUGCAAAUGAAGUAUGUAGAGGCAAUGAAGUCAACCAUCAACAAUGGCUAUGCGGAAGCAGUCCCUGCUUCGUUUCCUGACCGCAAUGAUGGCAAGGUAUGGUACCUCCCGCAUCAUCCAGUGAUUCAUCCUCGCAAGCCAGAAAAGGUACGGGUCGUCUUUGACUGUGCAGCUAAGUACGAUGGAGUAUCGCUCAAUGAUGUUGUUCAUCAAGGACCAGACUUAACAAACAAGUUAAUAACUGUGUUAAUUCGAUUCAGACAAGGUCCUAUUGCUAUGAUGGCAGAUAUCGAAGGCAUGUUUAACCAGAUUUAUGUAACACCAGACCACAGAGACAUUCUGCGAUUCCUGUGGUGGAAAGACCAUGAUCAAAGGAAUGAGGUAGUUACCUACCGUAUGACAUCUCACCUCUUUGGCGGAGUGUGGUCUCCAAGUGCAGCAAGUUUUGCCUUAAGAAAAUGUGCAUCUGACCAUGCACAUCUGUAUGAUGCAGACACCAUCUCCACUGUUGAAAGAAACUUCUACGUGGAUGAUUGUCUGAAAUCUUCUGACUCACCUCAACAAGCCAUCCAUCUAGCAGCGCAGCUGACCAACCUACUCAAGCAAGGAGGCUUUCACUUGACCAAAUGGACAAGCAAUUCUGCAGAGGUCCUGAAGUCCAUCCCAGAGCAGGAACAUGCAAAGCGCUCACCGUCAUUGGACCUGGAUCAAGAUCCACCAAUGGAGAGAGCUCUGGGUGUGUUAUGGGACAUAAAAAAUGAUUGCCUCACAUUCAGUGUGAAUGUUAAGGGCAAACCCAGCACCAAAAGAGGCAUGUUAAGCACAAUAAGCUCGGUCUAUGACCCCCUGGGUUUAGCUGGCCCAUUCAUUUUACGAGGAAAGGCACUAUUCCAGUCACUGUGUCGCAUGAAGCUAGGCUGGGACGAAACCAUUCCAAGUAAGAUUGCUGAGCAAUGGGGCCGGUGGUUGGAUGACCUACCAAGACUUUGCAAGCUACAAAUCCCUCGAUGCCUCAGACCAACAGUCUAUACUGUACCUUCAGUCACCAUGCAGCUCCAUCACUUCAGCGAUGCGUCUGAGUUGGGAUACGGUGCCGUCUCCUAUCUCAGGCUCGUUUGCCAUAAUAACAUAUACUGUAACAUCAUCAUGUCCAGGAACAGGCUGGCUCCAGUCAAAACAACCACUAUCCCAAGACUAGAACUGGCGGCGGCGGUGGUAGCAGUGCAGCUUGACCUGAAAAUCCACCAAAGCUUUGAGCUACCCCUACUGGACUCCGUCUUCUGGACUGAUAGCACCAUUGUGCUGCAUUACAUCAGAAAUGAAGAUAAAAGGUAUCAAACCUUUGUCGCAAAUAGAAUCUCACAGAUCCAUGAAGUUUCAGCAGCCUCGCAAUGGAAGUACAUCUGCACAGAGCACAACCCUGCAGAUGAUGUUUCUAGAGGAUUAUCAGCUGAAGAACUCGCAAGCAAGGAGUGCUGGCACAAAGGUCCUGCUUUCCUUUGGCAGAGAGAAGAGUUUUGGCCUCUCCAGCCGGAACUAGGUGGCUUACCUUCAGAAGCUGAGGUAAAGAAAUCAAGUCAGACAUACACAAUCUCAUCUAAAGUCACCACUCAUUCAGCAGUUGAUUGUUUCUUCCACAAGUAUUCCUCCUGGUACAAACUCAAGCGAGCUAUUGCAUUGAUCUUACGGGCAAAAGACAUUCUUUUGAAGAAGAUGAAAACUAAACUAUGUGCACCUGUAACGCUUAAUGAUCUGAAGCGGGCAGAGAUUUCCAUCAUUGACUAUGUUCAACGCUCCCAGAUCACCAAGCCACUGAGGGUUAAUAACUUGAGGAAGUUAGCACCAGUACGCCUCAGUGAUGGACUACUUCGAGUUGGAGGCAGACUCACCAAUGCUCCAAUACCUGAAGCAGCAAAACACCCAGUGAUCUUGCCACAGAAGCAUCAUGUCAGUGAACUCAUCAUAUGGCACUUCCACAAACUCACAGGUCAUUCAGGUGUUGAGAGGGUCCUCUCUGAGAUUAGGCAAUCCUUCUGGAUUGUCAGAGGACGCAUCACAGUGAAACGAGUCCUAGCACGGUGCAUACCAUGCAAAAGGCACAGAGCUCCAAUCAGUACGCAGUACAUGGCCGACCUACCAGCUGAUCGUGUGACUCCAAGUCAACCACCUUUCACCAUUGUUGGAGUCGAUUACUUCGGUCCCAUUAACAUCAGAAGGGGACGCAGUGAGGUGAAGAGGUAUGGUUGCCUGUUCACUUGCCUAACAACCAGGGCCAUUCAUUUGGAGGUAGCGCACAGUUUGGACACAGAUUCCUUUAUAAAUGCUCUUCAGCGUUUCAUGGCUCGUCGGGGAACACCUCAAUUGAUGCGCUCGGACAACGGAUCAAAUUUCGUUGGUGCCCGCAGUGAACUACAGAAAGCGCUGGAUGAAUGGAAUCAACAAAAGAUUGAAGAACAUCUGCUCCAAAGAGAAACACAAUGGAAGUUCAACCCCCCAGCAGCCUCACACAUGGGAGGUGUAUGGGAGAGGCAGAUCCGAACAGUGCGUUCAAUCCUCAUGGGCCUUACAGGACAACAGACUCUGGAUGAUGAAGGAUUAAUGACACUCUUCUGCAUCAUUGAAAAAAUUGUCAAUGGACGACCACUAACAAAGCUGUCAGAGGACCCAAGAGAUGGUCAGCCUCUGACUCCUAACGAUUUGCUUCUGUUAAGACCUGAGUGUUCUCUACCCCCUGGUCACUUUGUGAAGCAGGAUCUGUACCGUCGACGCUGGCGCCAGGUCCAGUACUUGGCGGACAUUUUCUGGACUCGAUGGACAAAGGAGUAUUUGCCUAGUCUACAGCAGAGGCAGAAGUGGACCCACCAUUCCAGAAAUUAUCAAGUAGGUGAUCUUGUACUAGUUCUGCAUGAAUCAACACCUCGCAGUCAGUGGCCCCUUGGAUUGGUCAUUGAUGUCAAUGUUGGAGCUGAUGGACUGGUGGGGCAGAAUUUCUUGGGCAACCACAAAUCCACAAACUAUGAAGAUCUAGUUGAUGAGAUUUUGGGUGAUGUGAGCAAUGAGCAUGGAGAAAGGUUCCAUCAAGAUAUCUCUGAGGUGGAGAUCAGGUGCCAGGGGCACUAUAACACAAUCAUGAUGGUGACUACUGCUGGUUUCUACAGCAUGAAACUUCCAUGA